GCACGCUCUAUCAUUCUCUAGAAAUAUAUAAACUCUCCGCUAUAAAAGUAGCGUCCCUUAUGCUAUUUCAUAAAGAAAUUUGAAAGCAGGAGAAGAAUUCACGUUUGCGAGAAGUUCACUAUAUUGACGAUGUACGGUGACAACAUUUACGGAGAUCCUUGGGCAACUGACUAUCCACCUCGACGCGGCCAGUACGGAGGAGACAUCUUCAUGGGCUUUGGCGAUUUUUACGGGGAAAGGCAGUUUCCCUUUUGGGAAAACCCAGGAGUUUGCUUUCCACCUACCAACCCACGAAAAGUUUCAACAAGGAAGAAAACAAGACGGGUUAAACAAGAUCAACAAACGAUGGAUUAUGCAGUUGAAGUCCCUAAGCAGCACAAUGCAAGGGAAAACCCCUCCUCGAAGCACGAGGGUGAGAAACGGAAAGGGGACACAAAACAAACAAGUUCACCACAGCCAAAAUUAACCCAAGCUGAGUGGAAUAUACCUAUCGAAUAUCAACCCCAGGAAGAAACUGUGGCAACCAACGACUCUCACGAGGAAACUUGUAAGGAAGAAAAUCCGUGUGAUUGCACAAAUGCAGAGAUCACUGAUAAUGAGCAACAAGCCGCUGAAGAGACUGAUAAGACGUCAGACCAUUACAGAUCCAUGCCAUUGACGACAGAUGUCGAAAGUGCAAAGGAAAGUCGACCGGUAGUCGAUAAUCAAGGUGACUCACAACCUGAAAUACAACCUCUGAACGAACAGAAGCUUGCUGCAAUAAAGACUGAAUUGGCGCGAGCCACAGAACUAAUUCCCAGGGUGGUGGCCUUCAACGGUAAAAGGAAGGACAAAGAAUUCCUUUAUUUGGAAGAACAUUUAACUCUUUGCAUACUUGGCUUAGACUUAAUCGAAACGGACGGUCAAGAGAAUGUAAAAUGUGCUCGAAGGGCAGCUGUGAAAUAUAUCUGUUCGAUCCUCAAUGAUCUAGAAGAUAAGGUCAGCGAUGAAAGCUAGCAUUACUUGAUAUCAACGUGAUCAUUACGAUUCUGUAGCUUCCUGAAGUGAAAACUCGAUCCAAAAUCGAAGUGCUUCAUUCUAGAACACUGCUUUCUGUUCAGUGGUAUAUAAUUUUGCGUCAACGUUAAAAAAGAUCAAUGUAGACAAUCAGAUAUUAGUGAGCUUGUAAUUUUCAAUCCUUGUCAAAUCUCAAUCAAGGAACGUAAACAAAUUUAAGAUUUUUUGAUGUAUUUGAUUUUGUAUGUAGUCAUUACUGGAUUUAACUGUAAAUAAAAUGUUUCUUUUUUUCAAGUGUAUAAAGUUGAUUUUUCUCAGGAA